CUUUGUGUCGCUGUCGUCGCGUGAACCAGGUGCGAAUUUGUUGUCGUUGGGCCUCUGUUGCGUGUUGCAAAAUCGUCUGUGCGUGCCGGAAUAGUCCAAGUUUCCUUCGUUGCGCAUGUUCGCCCGUUUUGAGUUCGUCUUUAAAUGACCGUUGGCAUCGGGAUCUCUCUGUCACAAGCCAGCCGAUGAGUGUCAUGGAAGGCAGCGACGGCAGCCCCUUUGUCCUGCCAGUGUGCUGGAAGGAUGAUGUGCGAAUGCGAGCGCUUUUCGCCGAGUUUCGCCCCAAGGAAUUGAAUCCGGAAGGAUGGCAGGACAAGAUGGACUUCUGGGUGUCACUCAUUCUCCAGUGGAGUCGCGAAACCAGAACGCCUGUGUUUUCGGCCAGCGACGUAGCUAUCGCCUUCGAACGUAAGCGGAGUCAGCCGGCGUGCCUGAGGACAGUACUGUCGCACAUGAAGAAAUCGGGGGAACUUGUAAACACCAAGGACUACUUCACCAGCGAAGGUUGGGUCAAGUGGGGCUUCGACACUCUGGUCAAGCGGCCACUAACGUGGAUGUGGACUUGGGGUUUGAGCAGUGGUGAGGCGGACACCGAAAUCGACGAGAUGCUCGUCAACGUCGACGUCCUGAGGCAGCUUCAGCAGGAAGUCAUGAGGCGCUGCGAUGACGAAAGGUUCGUGGAAGACGUCAUCCCCUACUCCGAAGUGUGGAAGGUGUGCGGGGGCAUCUGCAAAGACCAGAGAUCGUUCGCCUACGUGCUAAACGGGCUGGAAAAGUCGCGCUACGUGCGGCUCUUCCAAAAAGACGGCAAGAAAGUCGUGCAGUUUCUUCGUCACAACAACCAGCUGAGCGAGCAGGAGAAAGCGAUGCUCAAGCUCGAGAAGGCCAAGCAGGACUUGAAUCAGAAGGUCGACUUGCUGCAGGGCGACAUCGACCGUUGCACGCGCGAAGCGCUGGAGGCCAAGAAGCAGGGUCAGCAGAACAAGGCCCUGCACAUCAUGAAGAAGCGGCGCAGGGCGCAGCAGGUGCUGGACAAGCAGUUCGCCAUGCUGGACAACAUCCACUCCCUCGAGAUGAACAUCCACGAGAACAAGGACAUCCAGCUGAUCUACGACGGCUACAAGACAGCGGCACAGGCGCUCAAGGUGGCCCACGGAGGCCUGGAAGCGGACAACGUCGACGAUGUCGUUGCCGACAUCAACACGGCCCUGGAAGACCAGCAAGAGCUUCACAGGCUGAUGGGCAUGCCAGUGUCCACAGCAGAUGCCGAGGUUGACGAGCUGGAAGCCGAGCUGAACCAAAUAUUGAGGGAAGACUCAGCAGACAAGGAAGGACAUAAUGUCAGCGGGGUCUCAGUCAUAGAUGAGGAGGUGAAGUUCCCUGCAGUUCCAACCGAGGCACCUCACUCGCCGGUCAAACCAGGGCAAGCAACCCAGCGUGAUCCCCGAUUGGCUGCUCGAAGUGCCCAGUAAGAUGGCUUCUUGCCAGUUGUGCCUUACCUGUGGCAUUUUUAGGCUCACCUUGGUAGUGAGCUUUGUGCAUUGUUACACAGAAACUUUUGGGACUUUGGUGUUGCAGCUGUGUUCUUGUUAACAAUUUUAAUGUAUGCAUAGUGUGCGGCAGCUGUUCUCUUGUGAAUCCCUAAUUUCGAGGAUAUUCUAGCAGUGUAACAGCAUUUUGAUGCUGCCCUUUGUAUACUGAAAGCACUGUGGCACUUUUCGCAAUAAAUUAUGAUUCACCCUAGU